GCUCUAACCGGUCGGACAGGUAAAGAGGGCUUGUUGACACCGUUAUAUUUGCACUACGCAUGCUCACUGCUGCAGUUCCUGGUGCAUUUUUUUCUAUUCCACCUUCUUCUUGCGAGUUUUGGGUAAGGUUACUCUGUAGUAAUAGCCUAGCGGAUGGCACACCGGGCACCUUAACGCCGUGACUUUGGCUGCAGCGGAGUUUGGGCGGACCCGCCGUGUGAAAAUCGAUCUGAGAGUGAGGGAGCGGGUCAAAGAGUGGAGGAAAAAAGAAAGAAAGAAAAAAGUUUCGAGGGAAACCGCAAGGUGAGAGGAGAGCGGAUCCCGACUGCACCCCUGCCCUUCCUAGAAGCGAUCAGCAUGCCCAGGGCUUUCCUGGUGAAGAGAAGGACCCCGCCGCCCUCCGUGCGCAGCUGGGAUGAGCUUCCAGACGAAGAGAGAGCGGAUACCUACAUCCCAGACAGCAUAGACUGCAUCUUGAAGUAUGUCACGGAAGACAGCUGGAGUAACAGCAGUGACCCUGCAGGAGACAGUCCCGAGAGGAGCAGCAGUAAUGGGGGCGCCACAACCCCAAAAAGCAGUGACCACCUUGGGGAAGUUUUAUUCCCCACAGCAGAGGGCAGCAGGCAAGAAGAUGCAGAAGAGCAGCCCCUGGAUCUUAAAGGGAAGCGAUCACCUGUCAGAUCCAAAAUAAAGGUUACAACUGGAACCUACAGUGAGGAGAUUUACAGCUGCGAUAUAUGUGGCAAAGGCUUCCGCUUACAGCGCAUGCUCAAUCGCCACAUGAAAUGCCACAACCAGGAGAAGCGGCACCUGUGCACCUUCUGCGGCAAGGGCUUCAACGACACUUUCGAUCUGAAGAGACACGUGAGGACUCAUACAGGAAUCCGUCCGUACAAAUGCGAAAUCUGUAAUAAGGCAUUUACUCAGCGCUGCUCUUUGGAAUCUCAUCUGAAAAAAAUUCACGGGGUGCAGCAGGGCUACGCUUACAAACAGAGGAGAGAUAAGCUCUUUGUCUGCGAAGACUGCGGCUACACUGGACCCUCCCAAGAGGAUUUAUACUUGCACGUUUUUGGCACCCACCCCAAAAGUGGAUUUCUGAACAAAACCACCAAGAAGAUGGCAGCCAUUUUGCAAAACAAAAUCACAUCUGCUUUACAGGGAAGCCCUGAGGAAAACGAGGAGAUGGAGUGAGAUUUUAUUGGACAUUUUUUUACAGAUGUUUACAUGGUGUAUAAAACAUUCCUUUUAUUGAAAAAUUCACACUUAAAGAAAGAAAGACUGAAUGCCUUUUACAUUAAUUGAUGUAAUGUAGUAGGACAUGUGGUACGCCCAGUGACGUA